CGUUAUCUCACCAACGUCUUCAGUAUUUUCUCCGACUUCGUAAAAUUUGCCCAAACCCCUAAAUCUAUAUUUCCAGCAGUAACCUUAAGCAUGUCAGAUAGUUUAAGGCCGAAUCUCGAAGAAUUGGAGGUAGAUAGGGAAGUAGAUGAUCGUGUAUUGUUCCCGCCCGAAUCUGAUUUUUCCGAGGAACAUGAGAACCAAUUGCAGCCAGCGAUUGUGGCCUGCAUGGCCCUCUCUGCUGCCUCAGAAUGGACGAAAAACAUGUUGAAUCGUCUUCAUGAUGACCUGAAAAGACUAUACAAGGAGUCAGGAGUCUCAUGGACACUCACAAGAAGUAAAUCUGAAGAGGAACUGAGAGAUGUGGAUAUUAAAAUUGGUAAUAUGAUGUUAGAUAAUGGGCUGAUAAAGGAAAUUGUGACUCCAGAUGGAAGUGAGACCGAUGUUUUUGAUGAUAGGCCUCUUGUGCGCGUUAUCCAUUUUGGGAUUAUUUGGUAUGCGGAUACCAAAUACAAGGAUGCAGCACAUGACAUUCUCAAGAAGAUUGAAGAGAUUGAAAACCAACAUGAGCAAGAUAAGAAGUCUGCUGCUGAAGAAGGAAAACCUCUAGACUUUUCAAUCUCCAAGAAGCACAUUAACAACCAAAUUAAUUUGUUAAAGAUGUUGCCGGUUGGUGAGAUGUACCAAGAUUUUCAAAACCUUGUGCACAUAGCUGCCCGCAAGCAUGUAGAUUUCAUCUUAAAAGCUGAGAAAGAAAUAAAUGAAACAUAUCGUUCUAUGAUUGUGAUUCGAAGGCAAUUUUGGAAACAUUAUCAAGAGAUUGCUUCCUUCACAAGAAAUGAUGACAAAGAGAAACACAAUUGGAGUGGGUUGGAAGAAACACUUGAUUCAUUAGCCAAGAAGGCUGAUUUAUUUAAAGAGGCGUGGCAGAAUGAGUAUGAACAACACUUCGGUCCAUCUAAAAAUCAAAAGACAAUGCAAUGAGGGGAAGCGUUCUAUGGCAGAAAGCCUUCUACUCUUCUAACUAUGAUUUAGAUUUUUUCCAUGGUUUUUGGUAAUACUGUAAUACUUCAUUGUGCUAUGCUGCAAUUCUCGUGUAACAGUGCCAUUUUCCUCACCACACGUGCUGCAAUUCUAUUUUCCUGUCUUUUAAUAAUCUAUUUCCCGUCAGUCCCGUGUGCUGCAAUUGAGUGUUACAGUCUUAAGCUCUUUACAGUUAAAUCGUGAAAACUAACUAGUUCUGG